CGCAGGCGCCCUGAGGAUCCCAGGCUGCCCCUCGCACGCACGCCACGGGGGCGGAACUUCCUGCAGCCUCACUGGCUCCGCGUCCUCGUGGGCCCUGACUUUGUCUCUGAGCGCGCCACAGAGGUCCAGGAGACAUGCAGGCCGCAGGCCAGGGCACAGGGGGCACGGCGGGCGAUGCUGAUGGCCCAGGGGGCCCUGGCGUUCCUGGUGGCCCAGGGGGCGAUGCUGGCGGCCCACGAGAGGCGGGCGCUGCAGACGACAGAGGUCCCCAGGGUGCAGGGGCAGCAAGGGCCUCGGGGCCGGGAAGGGUCUCAGGGCCAGGAGGAGGCGUCCCUCGUGGGCCACGUGGUGGCCCGGCUUCACGGCUGAAUGGAUGCUGCAGAUGCGGGACCAGGAGGCCGGACAGCCGCCUGCUUGAGUUCUACCUCACCAUGCCUUUCCCGACACCCAUGGAAGCAGAGCUGGCCCAGAGGAGCCUGGCCCGGGAUGCCCCACCGCUCCCCGUGCCAGGGGUGCUUCUGAAGGAGUUCACCGUGUCUGGCAACAUACUGACUAUCCGACUGACUGCUGCAGACCACCGCCAACUCCAGCUCUCCAUCAGCUCCUGUCUCCAGCAGCUUUCCCUGUUGAUGUGGAUUAUGCAGUGCUUUCUGCCUGUGUUUUCGGCUCUGCUUCACUCAGGACAGAGGCGCUAAGCCCAGCCUGGUGCCCCUUCCUAGGCGUGCCUCCUCCCCUAGGGGAUGGUCCCUGCACGAGCGGCCACUUCAUUGUGGGGGCCUGAUUGUUUGUCGCUGGAGGAGGCCGGCUUACAUGUUUGUUUCUGUAGGAAAUAAAAGUGAGCUAC